AUUAAAUGUCUGGUUGGACCUAAGAAUCUGAUCCAGAGUCCUCAGUCCUUGCCGUCUCAACUGCGCCAUGCACGUGCAGCCAUUCGAAACAUUAGGAGCAAUAUUUGCGCGCUUACGCCUGGGCGUGGGGGAGCAGCAGAGGCGCGAUCUUGA